CCAAGAGUAGGGCUGACUACUUGGAGUUAGACCUGCUCUUUCAGUGUUCUUUGGCUGCAUCCUGUACAACUAGUCCCCAAGAGUAGGGCUGACUACUUGGAGUUAGACCUGCUCUUUCCGGUCAUAACUUGCGCGAUUGUCUUUAGCGUUCGAAAGGAGAAUAAACCGUCAUGGUUUAUUGCGCCCCACGUGUCCUUCAUCCAGGUAGGUGACUCGAAGGGUCUUCAAAUCUUGGCCGUUUAUUUCUCCUUUUAAAUACGGGUUUCAGUUACUUUCUUCUUCUCUCUCCUCUUUCUUACCUUCUUCAUUUUCUUACUCUCCUCUAACUUCACUUUGCUUCGAACUUAAUUUCGCCAUUUCCCGAGUACUCUAACUCCAAGUUCUUUGCUUUCUUGUGUUUUCGUAUUAUUCCGGUGAUUGCGCAUUCGCUGGUGGUGGUGUUUUCUUCUGAAAUUGUCGAGGUUUUUUGGGUUCGUGUUUUUCUUCGAGGGUUUCUAGUCCGCCAUUGUUGAACUUCUUUCUUCGCCCUUCUCUUUUCCAGGUAAUUCUUUUGCUUUUUCUUUGCUGCAUUCUUUGGUUUUGCAUGUACAUUCAACUGUUUUAGUAGUUUUUGUGAGUUUUUUGUGGUAUGUGUUUUUUGAAUGAAAUGUGGGAGUGUUUGUGUUUUUUGGCUUCGCCAUUUCUGCGUUUCUUGGAGUUUUUCGUCUUCUUCUUCCUUUUCUCUUCUUCUUUUUAUUUUAUUUUUACAUUACAUGUAUAUUUUUGUGUCGUUUUGCUCUUUUUUCUCUGUCGUUUUGCCUUGACUUUUCUCCUUCUACCCUUUGUUUAUUCUUCUUUCUUUCUUCUUUUUUCUUUCAGUCAACAUGUCUGAUACCUCUGAUAGUGCCAACCCUAGUAGCCCUGGGUAUAUGAGCGAUUCCUCCGAGCCAUAUUCUCCUUCUUCCCCUUCCUCUGUCUCUUUACCCUCUGAUGAAGAGGCUAGGACAGUAGCAGAGAAUAGAACUAAGUCUAUGCAUGAUGUUAUCUCUCGUUCUGAGCCUGCGGUGAUAUCUAUCUCCAGUGGGUCUUCCUCUGGGGGUGUGUCUCCCGUCGCUGGCAGGGCUACGCCUGUUGUGUCAGGGCCUACUCCUGCCUUUCGUCAACGUCUUAGAGAACUGCGCCAUGAACAUUUGGCCAGUGCGGUUCGAUUGAACCCUCCCCCUAAUGCCCCUAUUGGGUUAGACAUCCAACCCCUGGCCGAAGUAGCUUGGUUGGACAGUUUUGAUCAACUAGACGGGCCUUUUAUUGGGAGUACUGAUGGGUCGUUGCAUGUUUACCGCAGACGUUCUCCGAUGGCAAGUGGUCCUAGCAGUGGUUUCGGCGACGCAGAGCAUCAUCCUGAGAAUCCCAUUCUCGAGGAGGUGGGGCUUCUCCGACCGUUUCCGUUGUAUGUUGAGGAAGAUCUGCCCGUUGGGCCGACUGAGAGUUAUUUAACUCCUGAAGUUUCAUAUGGUCCCUUAAACGCUGCGCCGGAUGCGGAUUGGCUCAAAGCAGCUCGUCAACAUGAUUAUCCUGGUGUUGGAAGGGAGCUUUAUGCUUUUCCCCCUGGAUACGAGCUGGUUGUCCCCGCAGAUGAUGCUCGUAUUACUGCUCCUCCCCCAGGUCAUAUUGGGUUGUAUUCAUAUCAUCUGGACUUUGGGCUGCGCUUUCCCUUGGAUCCAACCUUGGCCAAAUUCUUGAAGGCUUUUAAUGUCUGCCUGGCGCAGCUUCAUCCGUUUGCUAUACGGACUUUGGUCUGCUACUUGUGGGUGGUGCGUUUCAAAGGCUUCCCUGAGACUCUCUCUUUGUGCAAACGACUGCACUGUAUUCGAAGCAGUGAUAACAAGGAAGGGAGCAUUGGUUGGUUUACCACUUACACUGCUCGAGGCAAAAUGACCUGCUUGGGCAACCCCACUGGGCAGAGGGAUUGGAAGGGUCGAUUCUUCUGGCUUCGAGUUCCCGCUGACUUUCCUUUGCCUCGUAGCUUUGUUUCUCCAAAUGGCAAGAUGGAGGGUGUGGAGGUUUUGGUUGGUCAUAACUUGGAGGAUGCUGCUUAUGAGUGGUUUGACUCAGUAGUUAAGCGCGACGCGAACGGAAAGGACGUCGGCCGUGCCCCUAAGAAUUGGCUGCCUCAGUCGAUGUAUAUUCUGCGGAAUGAUGUUCUUUCCGCUAUGCACUUGUGCAACACUCAUCCUCAUGGUCGUCAACACCUUGAUAUGAGCUCCCUGGGUUUAACUGCUGAUGGAACCCCCCAGACUAACGAGCCAGCUGAAGACCCCGCCAAUGCUUACCGUACCAUAGCUGAUGUUGUUGGCGGACGCAGAGCAAGCUCUCGACGAACUGUUCGAGGGGGGAGUUCUGCUGCUAGUCGUACUGCUAGAGGUGGGGGUUCUGUGGCUAGCCGCACUAGCAGAGGGGGAGGCUCUGCAGGAGUAACCGCUGGGGCGAGCACCUCAACGCCACGUUCUGCCCCUGUUUCUCGGGCUACCCCUUCUAUAUCUGCCUCUGCUCGGCUUGGUCAGACCACACGGGGAGGGGGUAAUAUUGCGGGCCAACGUCGGCCUCGCCCUGAGACGGAAAGCGUUUCUGUUGACGUUACGCGAACUGCUGCAGACCAAUUGCAAUCUGCUCAUCCUGACCAAGUCGUGAAUUCCUCUAUCUCCGAGCAGGUGGAGAUCGUGACCGAGGAGCAGGACGUCCCUUUUGUGCAGCGCCCAGGUAAGCGCAUUUGCACUGGGGAGGGUUCUCGCUCGCAGGAGCAGGCCCAAGCUUCUGCCCCUGCUAACCAAAGCACCGCUUCUCUUCCUACUUCAUCUGCUGCUCUUGCUGCUUAUUUGGAGGAGCAACUGAGGUUGCCUGAGUCUUCUGUUCCUGCUUUUGUGAAUAUUAGGAACGGGGAAUUUCUGGAGAAGGAGGCCAUUGAUGUUCGCCCUGCGGUGAACCCUGAGUUGGCUGCCUGUUUCUCCCCUGCGCCGAUUAGCGAUGACAUCUUCGUUCCUCACUGGGAUGUUAGAGCUAACGAGUCUUUGUAUGCCAGCUUCCCAGAGAAAGGCGGAACGUUGGCAUACCGGAUGUUGAAGGGGUUAACACUGCCAGCUGACCGCCCUCUUGAGCGUGUUUACACCCCUGGGGCUAACGCCUACCAAAAGGUGUUAGAGGCUGGGGUUGCUGUGAAGGAGCUCUGUGACUUCUUUUUCUUCUAUCAGAGGAAGCAUGAUGAACAUCUUGCUCUUCUUGAAGAAAAGGACAGGCAGAUCCGAGACCUGACCCUGGAAAACGAAAGAGCAUCCUCCUCCCUCACUAUUGCCAAUGCCAAUGUUCAAACGAUAUCCGUCGAAAGAGACAACUUGGCUAGUGAGGUUGUAGCUCUGCGCCUAACUGGGGAGAAUUUAGCUAAAGCUCAGGCGGAGGUGGAGGCGGAGAGGAAACGUACUGAGGAUUUGGCGGAGCAGCUAAGCUUUGUUGAGCAGAGGCAUGCUGAUGAGCUGGCAGAACUUCGCCUUUCUGUGCAGAAGGAGGUGGCUGCUGCUGUGCGAGAAUUUUGUCGCUCUGACGCUCAGUAUGCCCUUCUAACGCAGAGGUAUGAUGGCGGGUGGAAAGCAGCCUCUCUCAUAAUCAAGCACAAAUAUCCGCAGUUUGAUUGGAGCUUGAUCGAAGAGGACUGGCUUGCUGGCCUGCACCUUACCAUUCUUAAGGAACUGCGGGAGGCUGAAGCUGCUGAGGGUCAUGCCGUAGAGCCUAGUGAUGUGCCCGACUUCUGCGUCGAGAACACUCACCCUGGAGAUUUGCCUUUCUCAGAUGAAGAUGAUGUUGCAGGCAAUGACGAAUAA